AGUGCUUAAUCUAGCUACAAUCUGUUAUCUAUAUGUGUUUGUGGGAAUCUGAAAUUGUACGUUUGAUAUUCACUACUCAAAAUGAAGUAGUUGAGUGGAUCGUGAGGAUGAAUCCCAUGCCAGCUUCCAUUGAACUUGAGUGUUGCUGAAGAAAAAACAUGUAAAACACGUAAUACCAGAAUAAUCUGCAAGGCCACGUACGUCUCGAUGAUCCUGGUUCCCAUUAUUGUCGGAAUAUGGCGAAGUCAGACGGCCGGAAACAGAAAUUUUAGCACCAAAAUAUGAUUCCUCGUUACAUUACACGUCAGGGUUAUAUAUGUAAUUUGACGUCACCAUCUUCCCUCUACAAAAUGCUUCGAUGGACCGUGGACGCAUUUCAUACCUCCACAUCCAAAACCGAACAGUUUUUAGAGCAGCCUAAAGUUUGUGUUCCCUAGCUCUACUUUGUUUUAGUCCUACGUACACUGGUACACACUCCAUAUCUGACCAAAGCCAAGCUCUAAAGAGAACAAAAUAAUGGGUACUUUGGGAAGCGAGGUGAAGACAUCGUCAUCGUCGUUCAUGAGUGAUUUCCUUGAGAAGUGCGGUGGCUGUGCGGUUCUGGACGGCGGAUUUGCGACGGAGCUGGAACGACAUGGAGCUGAUCUCAACGAUCCUCUCUGGAGCGCCAAGUGCCUCAUCAGUUCUCCUCACCUCGUCCGAAGGGUACAUUUGGACUACCUUGAUGCUGGAGCAAACAUUAUAAUAACCGCAUCAUAUCAGGCCACAAUUCAGGGUUUUGAGGCCAAAGGUUUCUGUAGAGAAGAAGCCAAAGCUCUGCUGAGGAAAAGUGUAGAGAUUGCAAUUGAGGCACGAGAAAUUUACUAUGACAAAUGCACCAAAGGUUCUUGGGAUUUUGUGGACACUGGAAAGCCUUUAAGACAUCCAGUUCUAGUUGCAGCAUCUGUGGGAAGCUAUGGAGCCUAUUUGGCUGAUGGUUCCGAGUAUAGUGGCAACUACGGUGAUGCAGUGAGUCUAGAAACAUUGAAAGAUUUUCAUAAGGAAAGGGUUCAGAUUCUGGCCAAUUCUGGUGCUGAUCUAAUUGCAUUUGAGACGAUACCGAAUAAGCUAGAGGCAAAGGCAUAUGCUGAACUUCUUGAGGAAGAAGCAAUUGAUAUUCCAGCAUGGUUUACUUUUGCUUCUAAAGAUGGAAUCAAUGUGGUGAGCGGUGAUUCCAUCUUUGAGUGUGCCUCUAUUGCUAAUGCAUGCAAGCAAGUUGUUGCGGUUGGAAUCAACUGCACACCACCUCGAUUUAUCCAGGGGCUGAUUUCAUCUAUUCGGAAGAUAACAAGCAAACCAAUAGUGAUAUACCCCAACAGUGGUGAGACCUAUGAUGGCCAGAGCAAGCAAUGGGUGCCAUCGAGUGGGCGGGUUGAUGAAGAGUUUGCAGACAUAGUCGUAGAGAAGUGGUGUGAGGCCGGGGCUUCCCUGUUUGGAGGCUGCUGCAGAACAACUCCAAAUACAAUAAGAGCAAUAUCUAAGGCACUUUCUAACAAGCCUUCUUCAGCGGAUGCUUAGUUGAGUUCUAAAUAUCAAAUGUAAAUAUUUGUAAUCUGUUGCUAAGAAUAAGAGCACGUAUCCUUUUCAUCUCCUUUUUUUGUCACCCAACGUGAACUAGCAAACCUUUCACUAUGGUGCUUCUGCUGUAUGGUGACUGGUGAGGUUGUUAUCGAAUAACAGUGCUUAUUACCUUUCGAAGAAAAAUUUCACUAGCAAUCCGUAUUCCGUAGUGCGUUCUGAUUUUGAACAU